AUGCUACUUUUCGCUGUACUCGCGUUGUGGAUUAACCAUGCAGCCUCAGAGGAAAUUCGUGCUGGUAAGUUGUUUAGAUCAUGUACUUGUGUGCUAUUCUUAUUUUCACUUCUGUACUUCUGUAGACGAGUCUCUUUUUAAUGGGUAUCCAGCCCUCAGGGAAGGGCGACUAAAGGGAUUUAUUGAUAGUUGUGUGCUACGGAUCUCGAGUAUACCGUUCGCUGAGUCAAGGGUGCCCACUGCAUAAAGAGUCGAUUUUCUAAGCUUAAGGUGGCUUUCUAUAGUUUUGGGAUGAAAACUAUAGCCUUUUUCAAAUUGGAACAUUUUUAGCAAUCAAAGGUAACUACUGAAUUUUUAAUCACUACAAUUGAUGUAAAUUCAGUAUCGUUUUACCUUCUAAAAACAUUUUAUUGCGUAUUAGAACGCGAAAUAGAGUGACUGAGCACCCAAAAAGAGGUCUGCAAACUAGACCUUUAAACGCCGUACGACCCCAUCUGAAAAUUUCAGAAUUUAUCUAGUACUUAGAAAUUGCUGUUUUUAGAGAGAAAUCCUAUGGACAGAAUUUUUGCAAAAGCCAAAAAUGUGGAAUUUUGUCUCUUUUUAUAAUAACUAAAAACUGUCUAUAGGAUUUGUUUGAAAAAUGUUUCCGGUUUCGUUUUCAUGUUUUCUAAUUAUCCUCAAAAUUUGAACCCAGGUGGUACGGCUAGGUUUUGAGAAAUUUAGCGUGGAAAUUCGUAGAAUUGUCUUUUUACGACCUCCACAGACGAAGGUAUUGCACGUGCGUCGCCUUUCGGGGAAAACUCCGGAGGUGGCGCGUGCACUCCGGGAUUGCCUUUGAUCUGUAACUGAGGCUGCCAUUUUUCAAGCUAAAGUGUGUUUUGGACUAUCCGAUCGUUGCACGGUCUGUUACAGCGUGGUUACCACAAUCGAACAUUCACCAUUGAAAAGGGAAUAAGGUGACAUUUAAUAGGAUUUUUUAAACCUCACUUCAUUCUGGGUUUGUGGAUGAUUAUAAAUACUGCUUCAUUUGUAAAAACGGGACCGGAACAUGAAAGAAGAUUUAUUUGUUGACAAAAUGGCUACAUAUAGUUUAGUUUUAGUAUUUUGCAAACUGCAUCGCGGCAAAUCGCCUUCAUAUCAGAGAAAGACUUCUCGACAAUUUUUUGUGGACUAAGUCAUUGCUCGUUCUCGCCGGUCAGAAGUCUCGUCAUGGGAGUCAUACAGAAGGUACUGAUGUAAGUCUGUUUUUGUGCAGAAAGCCACCUUAAUAUACUCUUCUGUCUGACAUUAUUUUACUUGACGUAGAUAAAAGCAGAAAAAGUUACAAAGGGCUUCAAUUUCAAUUAAUAACAUGUUCAGAGUUGUCAUGCGAAAAGAUAGGCCUAAGAGCUAAAAACCUUUGGCGGCCAAUAAAAGGCUUUAGAAAUAAAAACCUGUCGGUCAUAACUUUUCUAUUUUAUUCGAAAGACGCAAAAGCCCUUACUCAAAACUGGUUGUGUUUAUAUGUGUGUUUCUAACAGGUGAGCAUAUGGAACUUUACACGAAAAACUUCCACGAGCUACCAGGAGCAGAGAUAGAGCUUAGAGGUAACAUUGUAUUACUAAAGUUCAUCAUAGCCUUGUCUGUUAGCUACUAAACCACCAAAAAUCUUGACGGAAAGAAAAACAGUUUAUUUGUGUUUUCGAAAACAUUGAGGAUUAUCAAGCCGGUUAUGUUUGGUGAUGUUAGCAGUAAAUAGUAAAAAAAAUAGUAGUAAAAUAGCAUUCAGUUAAGUUCGCAUAAGUUCGCUGACUUAGACUUUAAUAGAGACCUUUAGAUUCAAGGACGAGGACGACUACGAGUACGAGAUUUGACUUCAAGUUUUUUCGCGUCUUCUCAAAAUGUAGACUCCCCGGAAAGCUUCAUUUUAACAUUUUUCACUAGAAAAGUUAGCACUGUUACCUUUAGUGAAGGAGGUUACACCCCAUCCCGAUCGCAAAAUGAUAAAACUUCUAACAUUUGAUAACUUGUUUCCGCGACUUCGACAUUUUCGCUAAAACUCGUAGUAGAGUGACGACGGCUACCACGUUUUCCCGCCAAAAUGACGCUGGUUCACGCGCGUACACUACUUAGCAAUGUGAAAAUCUCGUACUCGUAGUCGUACUCGUCUUAGAAUCUAAAGGUCUCCAAUGUGUAUCAUCCUAUUUUUUGGAAGCUCUUUUGUUUCCAUACCGAAAAUUGUCUUAAGCUACCUUUAACAUGGAACUGAACUACUGUCACCACUACCGCAAGUUCUUAUUAUCUUUCGGAGCAUUUUUGACAAGCAAAAACCUAUGUAGCGAGAAUGUAUUCGUAUUUGUGAGUCAGUGAGGUGAUACAUGUAUAUAUGUUGUGGUUUUAUUUUAUUCUUGGUUCAUUUUAUACUUUCCUUUCUUUUUGGGUUGAUAAUGUAUGUUAAUGAGCUUGAAACAAAGGAAAAUAAUAUUUUAAACCAAGGAUAAAAUAGAACUGCAACAUAUACAACAAGGAAAAUUCAACUUUUUCCCCCUUAAUAAAGGUGCCUUCAAAUUCUGCAAACCAGUCUACUGUCCUACCUGCAUCCGAGUUAUGUAUUUGAAGUUUGGUGAAUCUAGCACGUGCUUAGCUAAAAAAAUUCCUGUGAAAUUAUGGAACUGCUGGAGGUAUAAAUUCAGCGCCAAAAUGAAAGUACCUAUGAAAGAUGGGAUUUACAAAAUCACCGUAAGUAUAAAUGCAACUAAAAUAUUCGAGAAAUAUAAAACAAAACAUUUUAGUUUUGUUGGUUAGAAUUGCCCAGCUAACAAAUUUGCACGACUAACCGAUACUACAUCUUUUAUGGAUCUAUUUGAUGGACUAAUGUGUAAUCUAUAUAUACUUAUCAUUAGCAAACUUAUCCCGGCUACAAGAAAAAAAGGCGGUAGUCAGCUUUUUUACGGAAUGAGUUAAUUUCGCAUUUGUGUUGAUGUUUAAUGUUGUCGAAUUCCCUCCUCAUAAUACUGGCCGUUCCUAUCAUCAUUAUUAUUAUCAGUAUCAAUAUUAUUAUUAUUAUUUCAUUUUUUUUAACUUUUAUAUUGUAUGUUAUAGGCAUACAGCUUGCUUGAAUAUAAGUGCGGCACUAUACCUGACAACGCAAAAGGAGUCGUCCUUGGGUCAAUACAAGUUGGAAGUAAGUGACAAUAAAAUCUAUACAAAUGUAUUAGUUUUGUCUUAUCAUCUGGAAAAAUUGAGCAGUCCUCUGCAUGCUUUCUCGAAUCCUUCACUCCAUUUUCUAGGUUUCUGAUUAUGAGUCAGCGCGGUCUUAUUUAUAUUGUCACUCGAUUUAAACUUUCAAGUUCCCUUAACCUCGUCCCUAGGGCUUUUGCUGAGAUAUUCUAGCCCUUUUUAGCUUUUGCAGAUUUUUUAAGUGGUGCUGAAUUUUGUUGAUAUUUGGUUGUUGUACUUGUAAAACUGUUCCCUUGAUUCCUAAAGUGCUUUUGCUCUUUAGAUCAGUUAAACUGAGCAUACUGCAUUUCCAACAUUUCAGAUCCAUUAUACUGGAUUGAAGGACGAAACACUUUCACCGCCCAACAAGGAGGUACAAUCUCAGUUAAGGGUAAGUCAAUGAAUCUGCGCUAUGAAAAUAUUGAACCCACAACAUAUAUGUGCCGCGUUGCUAAAUCGCUUAGAUUUUUAACUUUCAUUAAAAUAUUCACUUGCUUUCAGGUAAGCAAAGUCAAUUACUUCAAACUGAACGACUUUAUAGGAUUUCAAGAAUUCUGGAGUUUCUUAUGCGCAGCUCACGAAAAAAAUAUCGUGACGGUUUUAAAUUUUAAGAUUUUUUUUAAUAUUUCUUUGGUAAGAAUCGUAUAAAAUUAUCUGUUAAUAUUCUUGAGUUCAAUGCAAGCGAAUGUGCGAAUGAAAAAUAUAUAUAUAUUCUUCAUGCACAUUCAACUCUUAUUGUUCAGGAAAAAAAAAAAGAAAGAAAGAAAACAAAAAUAUAUAUAUACAUUAGUAUAAGUAAAAUAUACUUAAAUCUUAUUUUUACGUUUACUUUAAUUUUUAACCAGGCUGCUACAAGUAUUGCAAAGAGAACAUCUACUGUCCCAGGUGUAUUCGUCAAGUGUACUUCCACGCAAAGGGUGGAGCGAGUGUGUGCGCCGCGCACAUUAACGCGGGCUACGAUCUUCUUUGUAAGCCAAUCUGCGUGAAAAAAGACAUAAAAGUAUCAAAAACGCCAGGAAAAUACAGCAUCAGGGUGAGCUUAAUUAGAGUCGAACCUCCCGUAAGCGAUUAAUCAAAAUUGCUAAAAACCUUUAAGUUGUCGCUUUAGACCAUAUAUAGGGUCUCCAUCAAAAAUAUGUCUUCAGCUCCUCCAACACCGUCAAAGAAUCAUGGCGUGCUGCAAGUGGUCGCUUAUGCCAUUAUUCGCAAACAGUACUAAAGGUCUCUUAAGAGAGUUGAUCUCCUUUGAAAGAAUUCUAACUAUAGCACUUUGACCGGGAACGUGCGGUUUUUUGGAUGGGUUGUCGCGUAUAGGUGAGGGUCGCCCAUAAAGGUUCGAUUGUAGUACCUAUAUACAUGUACAAGUUCUACUGGACGUAAUUCGUCUAGAAAGCCUUUAAUUAUCCAGCUAUCUGUCACGUCCUAUUUGCUAUACAUGACCCGUGCACUACACUUUAAACACAAACAGGUGAAUAAGUUUUACUAUAAUUAUUGUUCUCAGUUUUUCAUACCUUUCCCAAAAAGGCUAAUAACCAAUUACGACACCUUUUGAGGUGGAGAAGGCGUAAGGGGGGGGAGAAAUAGAAAGGGUGAUCAAGCAGAAGUAAAGGUGAGAUUUUUGUAACAUGCAGUAUCAAAUCAACCUUUUUGGUAACUGUGCUAAAACUGUUACUCAGGUGUAUGAGCUUCUGGAAUACAAAUGUCGUGCGAAUGACUAUAAAGGAGGAGUGCGAGUAGGAACGGUUGAAGUCACAGGUAAUCAGAAACAAUUUGGCCUUAAUAUACUCAUGUAGCCAGGAGCAUGUUAGUUCCCCUAAGGUAUUUUUCUAAGUUUCUAUCUCAUUCUGUAAAAUGAGCACAAAAUGCAGACAUAAAAUAAUGAUGACGUAUAGUGCGCGAGAUCUGAAAGGGCCACACUCCAUUCACUUUCUCUAAACUUACCAUUACAUAACAAAAAUAUAUAUUCCAUUGGAUUUUCAAGAUUUAAACCCUUUUUAGUCUCUGACGCGUGCAUCUCCCCUUGUACACUAUAUUAAAACAGUUUUAUUGGCAAUUCCUGGGAAAAAUUAGUGGGAAAGGUUGUACAUCUUAGCAGUAAAUAAAUUCAUCUUAAUAUUAACAUAUUAAUUACGCCCACAAACACCUAUUGUAAUUUUUUUUAACAUUGGCCCAGCGGCGGAGGAAAGAAAGAAAAAAGGUAAGAAGUACCAACCUUCCAAACACUUUUGACGAUGAUUGUGGUUUGGAUAUUUUUCAAAUCAGUCCAAAUAUCGACGGUUACAAAUUACAAGAAAAAAAGUAAUAGCUUAGAUUGUGGAAUAGAGCUUUAAAUUAAGAGUCCUUUGUAAACGAUCAGUAGACUGACAUUCAAAUAUACCUCCAGGAAUGCUUACUUCAGCCUUGCAUCCCGUUGUUAAAAAUCUUCAUACGCCAUUUUAAUUUAUUGGCAUAGGACCCAAUUAAGUAAAGUAAAUAUAGCAAAGCUUUCUCUCAUCUUCUACCCACAGACAUAAAUGAAUGCGCUAAGGGAAAUCCAUGCAAAAAUGGUGGAACAUGCGUCAAUAAUGUUGGUUCCUACAAAUGUACCUGCCGUAAGGAGUUCUCAGGAAAACAUUGUGAGACUGGUAAGAUACAUGAAAAGUCAGAAAUCAAGAGAAAUUUACUUAUUUUGUCCGACUUUUUUUACUUUCCCCGAUGUUCAGAGAUAUUUCGUUUUGGACUUCAAUUCAACUGAUUAGAUUUUACCUCGUAUCCCCAGAUAGCAGAAUCAGUUUCUCUGCCCUUAAGUUAAGUUGGCGAAUCUACUGUUAUGUCAGCCUGGGCGUUCCUAAGUAUCUCUCUAUUAAAUUGCAUUACUAGGAAGCUGUUUUCCUAUACCCAUCGUAGUGUACUUUCAGCUGUGUUGAUUACGUUCAAUAGAUGUUGAUGAGUGUGCUAAGAAUCCAUGUAAGAACGGAGGAUCUUGCAAAAAUAGCUUUGGUGGAUACAGUUGCACUUGUGCGAGCGGAUGGCUUGGAAAAAACUGUGACACAGGUAUGUUGUUUUAGCCUGUUUUAACCAACAGUAAUGCGCGAGUCAACCACUAGAUCUUUUCAAACUGAGAACGUUGAACAGAGGUAACAAGGGUUACUGAGUCACAAACUAAGAUAAUAAAGCAACGACAUGAAUUAUGUUAUGUUCGAGCUACCAGCAGUGAGUUCCAAAAUUAACUUGAAUUCCUUGUCACAACACGGACGCGGUAAAAAUUUGUUUUUAUUCAACGAUUUCUGUAUUACAGUCUUUUUUUUUUUAAUUUGUUUCAAUUAAAAUUAAAACAGAUUAACAGCGAACACGCGUUAAAAGGUCACCUUACAGGACCUGAAACGUUUGCUCAUUUUCUUUAGUCAAAUAAAUUUCUCUGUUUCAACAACUCUUUGCUAUUGUUUGUUUUUCUUCCUUGAAUACAGAUGUGAACGAGUGUACGAAGAAGCCGUGCAAAAAUGGAGGAAAGUGCACUAAUACAAACGGUGGAUACACAUGCGCAUGUGCAGAAGGCUGGAAAGGAACAAUUUGCGAUCAGGGUAAAGACACUUUUUAAAUCAAAAAGCCAAAAUGAAAAAUAAUAAUGAUAAUGCAAUUUGCGCACUUCACAGCAUUUUGCAACUGUGUUGUUUUCAUGGUAGUAUGGUAUUGCAACUGUCAUAGCUGUUUAUUAAACUGUAAUAAUAGGCCAUUUAAGUAAAUACGUUAUUUGUUGUGCUAUGUUUGUUGUUUCUUUACAUUUCUUUCUUUUCAGACAUAAACGAAUGCGCGGACAAUACAGCUCUCUGUAACAGUGGUAAAUGUGUCAAUUUGCUGGGAACAUACAAAUGUAACUGUCCUUCUGGAUUUAAAGGAAAAAAUUGUGAAAUUGGUAGGCGUUUAAGAAUCUUUUUGCAUCGCGAGUGUAGUUAGAGGACGUGUUGCGAGUGUGCGAUCACCAAUUUACCAAAUGCAAAGGAUUUAAAAUCCAGUAGAAAAUAGCCACACCCUUAGUCAAUGAUUACCCCAAAACCAAGGAAAAGAAAGAGAAGGAAAAAAUAAUCCAAGUGAUUGGAUGUUUGGUCCGAUCAGAAAUACAGUUCUGUUCUAUCUUAGACGUGAUCCAUCAAGAGAAGCUAAGCUCGUGCGCCGGAUUCUAUCAAUGUGUUAUAUGUUGCUAAAUGUACAUGUCUGUAUAUUUAUGGGUUUUUGCAACUUUUUCCGAAUACCUGAAUACCUUCCCAUUUUCUUCCGAAUCAACUUUAUCUGUGUUAUUCUGUGUGCAGAUAUAGAUGAAUGUCUGAACAUCCCCUGCAAGAAUGGAGCCACGUGUAACAACAAGCCUGGUAGUUACAGUUGCAGCUGCUCGGCAGGGUGGACUGGGAAGGAUUGUGACGAAGGUAAUUGCUUGGUGAAAGUGUGGACUGAGAUGAAACGCCAGUGGAAAAAAAGGCAACGCUUUGCUUUCUUUUGUGGAGUAAGGAUACCUACAUGUACCUCCUUCAAACAGGAUGGGAAAAAAGUCCAGCGUGACAGCUAUCUUUCCCUUAGGCUCGUUUCAAACAUCAAACUUUACUCAAAUAAACCGAUUCUAAUGAGGAACAUCUCUAUAGUUAUUUUUCUUGCUUAUUUGUAUCAGUCGGCACAUAUUAAGUUCGACCUUUAAAAUACGCCUUAGCGCUAUAGAAUCACUAGCGGAUGUAGAUGGAAAAAAAUGAAAGGGAAAAAACGACUUCANAAGAGAAGCUAAGCUCGUGCGCCGGAUUCUAUCAAUGUGUUAUAUGUUGCUAAAUGUACAUGUCUGUAUAUUUAUGGGUUUUUGCAACUUUUUCCGAAUACCUGAAUACCUUCCCAUUUUCUUCCGAAUCAACUUUAUCUGUGUUAUUCUGUGUGCAGAUAUAGAUGAAUGUCUGAACAUCCCCUGCAAGAAUGGAGCCACGUGUAACAACAAGCCUGGUAGUUACAGUUGCAGCUGCUCGGCAGGGUGGACUGGGAAGGAUUGUGACGAAGGUAAUUGCUUGGUGAAAGUGUGGACUGAGAUGAAACGCCAGUGGAAAAAAAGGCAACGCUUUGCUUUCUUUUGUGGAGUAAGGAUACCUACAUGUACCUCCUUCAAACAGGAUGGGAAAAAAGUCCAGCGUGACAGCUAUCUUUCCCUUAGGCUCGUUUCAAACAUCAAACUUUACUCAAAUAAACCGAUUCUAAUGAGGAACAUCUCUAUAGUUAUUUUUCUUGCUUAUUUGUAUCAGUCGGCACAUAUUAAGUUCGACCUUUAAAAUACGCCUUAGCGCUAUAGAAUCACUAGCGGAUGUAGAUGGAAAAAAAUGAAAGGGAAAAAACGACUUCAAAAAUUGGUUAACUGUUGAUCGAGGCUUAAAGUGAGAUUUUAAGAAACAACGUAAAAAAAAUGUCCAAGGAAGUAUAGUAAUUAGCAGAAAAUGAUACGAUUUAUUUGAUACACAUCUAUCACAGAAAAAUUAUAGUUAUACACGUACUUUAAAGCAGUAAUUAACAACUUACUGUUUAACAAGCAAGUCAAACUACUUUUACACUUAUUUUGUCAAAUAGGUCGGGAAAGCUGACAUUGAAGCUUACUUUUUCACAUCAAUCUUUUUCUAUAGACAUCAAUGAGUGCGACAAAAGCCCAUGCAAAAAUGGGGGUAAAUGUACAAAUAAAUAUGGAAAAUACACCUGCACUUGUCCUUCAGGUUGGACUGGAAAAGACUGUGAAACUGGUAAGUUUUCAGUCAGCAGGUUAGUUACCUUUAUAAUUAUCAUGACAAUGACGCACUGUUCCGAAAAAGCCCAAGAGACAUACCAAUUUGGCGGUGUCGUGCUGGGCUAGCCUCAUUUAUUUUUUGACUUAUAACUGACUGUCACUUACCUGCUUUAUGAUACACUGCUUAAGCUGGCGGUACACUAGCAGGGCAACAUCUAUGUUGUGGAGAUUCUCCUGAUAGAACUGGAGCAAUGUGGCUGUUGAAGACAGACAAAAAAGCUUGAGAUGUUAAAUUGAAAUUUCUUUUCUUCUGCUUCUUUUUGAUGGACGUUUCAGGGAAAGACAGAGAUCCAGCUCUAAGUUUGUUACUUAAGCAUACAGCAUGUGUAUUCCUACAGUCAUAGCCAUUUAUUCGACUAUUUGCCGCUAUGAUAACUUUGUGAUAAUCAUUUUAAUCUCCUAGAUGUUGAUGAAUGUCUUACCAGCCCCUGCAAAAAUGGUGCGACGUGUGUUAACAAUGACGGAGGGUACCAGUGUCAGUGUGGUGCAGGGUGGACAGGAGAUCAGUGCGAAAAAGGUACGAUAGGCUUCAAGCAAACAUUAUGGCAGAACAUGCUAUACGUUCACGCCUACACGCUUGCAAUGCAUGGUGUUGGGAAGAAAAAAUGAAAUAUGUCAUAACAUAAAUUGUAGUUGCUGUUUCUUCACUCUUCUAGGGUACAUUGUAUAAAAUUUUAUUAUCAUUACUUUUGGGGUAACAGAUGUCGAUGAGUGCAAUUCAAGUCCGUGUCAGAACGCGGGCAGUUGCGAAAACACCGAUGGAGCCUACACUUGCAAGUGUGAUGCUGGAUAUGGUGGGAAGCACUGUGAACAAGGUUUGGCCAGGCAUACCUCUUUAAUACACCCCUAAUGGAAAAUUAUGUUAUUAUCAUAAAUUCUCAAACUACUCUUCCACUACCACGGCCAGAGGGAAAUGAAGAAGUCUCCCACUCAGAAAUGUGCUACACAGACAUUUUGACUCCAGUGCUGUUUGGCGGUCAGCCCGGUUGUGUGCAAUCUGAGGCCUACGAGGGCGAAAUGCAGAUAGGCAUAAGUUCCAGACUUACUAGAUUAUAGCUCAUGGACCUCUUGCUAUUUAUUGAUUGACAGAUAGUUUAUCCUCAUUUUAAUGUUGUAAACGUACAAUGUAUUGACCCAAAUUUCUAGCAUAGGAUGAUGUUGUCAUAAAGUGAAAAAAGUUUAUUUCCUUAGUGCUAGAUCAGUGUAAACAGAACCCGUGCCAAAAUGGAGGAACUUGCGAUAACAAAGAUGGAGGAUACUCCUGCAGCUGUUUGCCGCAGUGGAGUGGAAAAGACUGUGAUGAAGGUGCGAUGUGAAUUUUGCAACGUGAUAGUUUAAGAGAAGAGGUUCCCUACAAAGAUAGCGAGUUAAUGGAACAGUGUUAUAUACUGAUAAGACUCCAAAUAACCCCUAUGCUGGACAUCAAAGUUUGACACUUUCAGUUAAGGCAUGUUAGGUUUCAGGUUAAGAAAAACAAGGAGUACAACAAAAUUAAACAGAGACAGCAAUAACAAAGCAAAGCAAAGGAAGGCAAAAAUGAUAAAAAUACCAAAAUGAUAGCAUUUAGCUUUGAAUCAAAAACUCUUUUUGGGAAAGAAGAAGCCUUAAAUGUGAGGAUAUGAUUUCUCUUUACAGAUGUGAAUGAAUGUGAGCUGUUUCCCUGUCAAAACGGAGGUACAUGCCGUAACACAGCCGGUGGGUACGUGUGCGAGUGCAUGCCGGGAUGGGAAGGAAAGGAUUGUGAGCAUGGUAAGCCUUGUUUAGCAGUAUGAUUUUAUACAUUUAGUUACAUUAGCCGUCUAAGCAACAAAACAACAAGAGUUAUCUCACAUAAACCAUUUCAGACAUUGAUGAAUGCGCAAGUCAUUACUGUCAAAACGGCGCUACAUGUGUGAAUGACAUGGCUGGCUACAGAUGUAUCUGUCCUGCUGGAUUUGAAGGCUUCUACUGCUCAGAGGGUAAGCUCGGAAUGUUUUACAUUUUUUCAUUUUCCUGUCAGUACACAUGAAGUAAGGCCUGUGGGCCGGUCAACCAACAUUGUUCUGUUAAAUAAUAGUAAAAUGGCUAUAAUAUGUGUUUGUGUCAAUAAUGGCGAUAAAAGAAAAAGGCGAACACGAGCCAUGAGGCCCAGAAGGCCUGCGUUUUCUAAUAAUUUCUAAACAGGAAGCAACUUGGAACAUUAGCACCAACAACCCAACCCGAACCCCCCACCCCACCCCACCCCCUGGAUGGGAUGCUAGUCUAUUCGCUUAGCUAGAUACCCCUUUGUACACUUGUGGGCGAAGAGAGUAAAAGCGCAAUGUUCUCCAAGGCAACGCUUGAACCCGAACUAUCACGUCCGUGUUAACCGCUCCGCCAAAACGCCUCUACUGUCAAGAAUGGCAGUGUAUUUCAAAAUCAACCUUUACCUGAUUCAUUCCAUAUUUCAAGACCAAAGGGUUCAAGAUAAAUUGCUACAUCUUUCACUUUCAAUUUAUGUGAGUUCGACUCGCAUUCCAAUCAUUGCUUUGCGUUGUCAUUAAUCGGUUAUAUGUUAUUGAACUAUCUUAUAAUAUAAAAUAGACAUCGAUGAGUGCCAAAACAAUCCAUGCCAGAAUCAGGGGACAUGCUACAAUGAGCCAGGCUCAUACAGAUGCGAAUGUCCACCAGGAACGACAGGUCAACAUUGCGACAUAGGUAAUAACUUAUCAUUCAAUUAGCAUAUACAUAACAACCAUUCAAACUGUUUUUAUAAAAAAGUUUCAAUCGGUCAAGAGAUCAUAACGCCACCUACAAUAACUUCCUAGAGGCAAUGUCCGCUCAGGCGCAUUCAAAAUGAGUCGGUUAUUGUUGUGGAAGAGAAUUCUACGCUUUUGCACAGUUUUCCCUGUCCUUAGGGAAUAGAGAAGAACCAAGUUUUUCUCAAGGGCCGGAACUGCAACAACAUAAAGCUUAAAAAGAUAAAUUUAAUAAACUACCAUUGAAAAGAAAACAACUAGUUUUUGACACGCCUCAGAUAACCCAGAUACAUACAAGAUGGAAAAGUGAACCUUAUACUACAAACAUAAUGCUUACUUUGUCCACUUUCAAUGGCAAGCACUCCUCACAUCAGAGACACAAAAUGACUACGCAACCCUAAAACUUACGAUAGAAAAUAAACGCCACCAGUUCUGACGAUGACCACUAAGGCCCGGUUCAGACGCCGAACGUUCAUGAGCCGAACCUAAUUCGAAUUAAGGCCGACGCAAAUUAUUUAGACCGGCUGAAUCGAUCCAGACGCCGAUCAUAAUUGCAGCUGAACUAGGUUCAAAUGGCGAAAAAUGUUCAUCUCGGUCAAAAUGCUUACAAAAUAAUAUUAAUUUAUUCAUUAAGAUCGGUACAUGAAAAGUUCGGCGUCUGAAUCAAAGCCGUUCCAAAGUCGCUCCAAAGGCGAAAUUCCCGGCCGGGCUAGCCGAAAAGAACGGAUGAGCCGUUCCAAACUGAAACAGGCGUUCCUAACUGAUUCAGACGCCCAACUCUUCAUGUACUUAAUUCAAUGUAUUAGGUUCGGCGCAUGAAAAGUUCGGCGUCUGAACCGGUCCUAAGGAAACGGUUAAGGACAAAGACAGACCGGUUGACAGAGAGCGAAACAUAAAAGAAGAUACUGAAAUGCUGCGACUGCCGGGAUAGUUACACUCACUUCAAUGUGAAGCUGGUGGGAAAUGAUACAUCCUUGCUUAUUUCCUGUAAAAUUUUUUUGCAUCUUUUCCCGUUAUAAGGAAUUUACUAGUGUACAAUAUUUCGAUUUAUUAAUAGUUAGAACAAAAGUAGUUUUCUUAGAAAAGAUGUUGGAGUUUAUUUUAGCAAAUAACUAAAUUAAUAGUUUAUGUUUAUUUGGUUUUCAGUCCAGUCCAUGCCGACGCCUGCCAUAAGUAAGUAAAGUACUUAAAUUGAUUAAUAACUGAACCAUUAUGAACUGUUUUUGAUUCAGCUACUUACGUUCAUUUUUUUAUUAAAGAGAAGUAAGUUAUGAGCACUUGUUUUUUGAUUCUGCAUUAAACAAUGUUUCACGCCAAAUUUCCUAAAUCAAUUUCCAUUUCAGGAGGUGAUUACGAACCUGUUGGCUGUUUCCAUGACAGCGCUGUGGAGCCCAGGCCCUUGCCAGAGCUUUUGGGAAACUUCCGUUCCGAACUUGACUGGCAAAAUGUGAAAAGUGUAGUUGACAAGUGUGCUGAAUUGGCAAAGGAGAAAGGGUGACUACCUGAAUAGAGAAGGAAAGGGUGACGUCACGAAAAUUCGAGUUAAUGAAAUUAUGGAAUUGGUUAGCAUACUAUGCUCUGAUGGCUCCAUACAAAUCCUUGGCUUGGAUCUUAAAGUUUAAGAUCCUCCCAGGGGCCCCUUUCUCGAAAGGCCCUGUAACGUUUUUGGGCCAAAGGCAAAUUUUGAAAUCAAAACCUGUAGAAUAGUAGCACGGUUCCUAGCACACAAAACAGCCAAUUUUGCUUUGUUAACUGAUAGUUACACUACAUCAUUAUUUUCAAAAUUAUAAUUAUUGAAACGUUGAUCUUGAAUCCAAACACGGUGAGUAUAAAAUAUCUUUCCGAGCCCGAAAAGUUACCGGGAAAAACGGUCCCCAGGCUUAUUUUAGAAGAAUUUAUAUGGAGUCAUCGGAGACAUUUGCAUCAACAGGCUUACUUUUAGCAAGUGGAAAUUUUUCAUUUAAUUCUUUCUAGAUAUGCCAACCUAUUCGAUAAUUUCAUAAAUGUUGUUUUUGUGACGUCAUCACUUCUCUCUUUAUUUAACCACUAACAUUCAGUAAUAAAGAAUAAGAGCUCUUUUGCGCAACUCUCGUAAAUUUAAGGACUUCCCCUCCCCUCUUCUCACCACCUAAAAAACGUAACUUGCAUUUAAUUGAACUAACUGAAAUAAGCUCUUAGAUGUCAUGCAGAACACAUAAAACCACCCUCCUGUUUUAUUGGUAGUGGUACAUGCAGAUGUAUAUUAAAUAUAGUCCACACGAACUUCAACUGUUGGUCCAACUUUUUAUUUUUUGUUGUUAUUAUUAUUUUUUUUUUUUUUUAGGUAUAAGUUCUUUGCCAUCCAAUACUAUGGUGAAUGCUGGUCGGGUCCAAACGCCGGAAGUACAUAUGCCAGGGAUGGCAAGGCGAAGAAUUGCUUCAAGGGAGUAGUAGGGGUUUCUCAUUCCAACUUUGUCUAUCAGUUUGUGAACUGAGUUCGCAAAAUUUAAGGUAAUUAAUGUCCAAAACUAAAACUGCUGUUAAACGCUUUUUGAACCUCCAUAUAGCUAUAGAAUCUUAUAAGUAGUCUUCUGGGCCUUAACAGCAGGGAGAGGGGAGAUUGUUUAACUAUAGUAACGUUACAUCACGGGUCAAAAAAUCACAACCAUCUCGCAAGAAAGUAGUGACGCGAGGCCAAAUUGAAGAAUAUAAUAGACCGUAUGUUUUAUCUAUGGCGAUCUAGGAUUCCAAAAUUAGACUUAAACAAUGAUUUUAACUUAAUUCAUUUUCCGGUAUUACGCCAUCUGACGUUAGCUUCCGUGCUGUGCUGUUCUGCUACUGCUCUGCUAAGUCCCCACGAUACACUGGAAUCAAAAAAAUCCUCAAACAGAAAGUUGAAAAAGUUGUAACAUGAUGCAAAUAUGAAUACUAUUCUUAUUCUUGUUUUCUUUGAUUGUUUGCAGAACCGACUGUCAUAAGUAAAUUGUGUGUCAUUAACACGAAUACAUCUUCAGAGUGGAAAGUGUUUGCUUUUUUAAGCUGACCACUCCGCUAAGUUAUGGAAACUGCAAUAAAUGUUAUCAGUUUACCUGUCUUCUGUUGUCUCUCUUGGAAUAAAACCACCAGCGCUCAUGAACACAGACAUAAAGAAGAUUUUUUUUUUUUUACAUUAAGAAACUUUUAACCCAGAAAGCAAAAAAAAAUGCUGAUUAUAUCGCAAGGCGGAGGUCUCAGAACGCCUUCCCUUAUAGCAAUUUAUUAGCCGCACGAUGUUUUGUCGUGCAGUGGAACUUCUCCUUUGGGACACCUCUAUUCAAGGGACACCCACAUUUAGGGAACACAAAAUUUGGCCCCGGAAAAAUGUUUACAUAAUGUUUGUAUUUGUUACCUCCAUUGAAGGGACACCUCUAUUCAGGGGAAAGGGACACUUUUUUCUGGGUUCCGAUACCUGGAUUUAUCCUCCAUUCAGGGGACACCUCAGCAAUCAAAAAGUGACUUACCACAAAAAUUGUGAUAAGUUGAAGUGUUUGACAGCUUUCAAAACACGAUUAACUCACUUGUAUCGAUGUACUGCACUUGUGGGAAUUCAACACUUAACAUGGCAUAGAUAAGUUAAUCAUGAUUUUUAUCUAUCAUCUAGCCGCUUGAAAUAAGGACUGCAGCAGUUUCGAUCCUCAGCCCGUGAGAACAUACGCCUUUCGAUUCUAAUAAAAAUAUUUUAUUUGUUGGUUAAUUAUUUACAAACCCAAGGCCAACCUCCGCCCAGGGACACUUGCCUUGGUCCCGAGGGUGUCCCCUGAAUAGAGGUUCCACUGUAUUCGGAAUAGCAAAAUAUAGCCGGGCCAACCAUUAUCCGAUUUUUCUCUUUCCGUUUUUGACAGCCAUACUGCUGAGUCAUUUCGUCUCAGCUCCACUUUAAACAGUUGCAAAAAAACUGUCAACCAUAAUGAUGCCACUUUUGAGGCUAACAUUUUCAAGACGUUAUCAGAAACUUGUGUUCGUGUGCUUUCUUCUUCAUUCAUUCUCCCAAGGGCAACUGCGACACGCGGCUAAGUUUUCGUGCUUUUCUUGCUGAUGCCAACCUUUCUGCUAAAUCUUUUUGCUCCUAUCCUCUACAUUUAUCAUUGCCAUAAGAUUAUGAUUCAUAUUUGUUCAGUUUUCCAGAUAGAAAGGAUAGGAAGCCACUCUUAAAAGAGUUACCUGUAUUCAACCCCCAGGGGGGUAAUCCCGAUUUCAAAAUAUUUCAAUUCCGUGAUUUUUUGGGUAGGAAAAUUAAGUUAGUAUUUUGGGAAGGGUGGCUUGAUUUAAGUAGGGAUUUUCGGGGGUAUUCAAAACAAUCUGAAGAUUCGUGGAAGUGCCCAUGCACGUAUCCCAGCCGCGUUACUUUAUUUGGUUGUACUUUACUCGCAGAACACCUGAACAUUUUAUAUCGUUUAAUGCUUUCUGGAAAUUUUUAAGGCUGGCAAAUCCAGCAUGGUAUUUUUUUUAUUUUUUAUUUUUUUGGCGGGGGUUGGGGAGGGGGGUUAAUUUUUGGUCCAGGGAUUUUUUGAGGAAUUUGUUGGAAGCCCUAGAGAUUAUUUUGGGUUUUGAUUUUUGCCCCCAUUCGAUCAUCCCUGUCACUUGAAAUCUGCAGUAAUUCCCCCCGGGAUUCAAUCAGUAAGUUGUCCUAGCCUUGUGAAAUUAGCCGCCCAGCUCCUUCCACCUAUUUGCCCGCCUAAAUCAAUGAUGCAUUACGCCAGGAAACUACGCGAACAAGGUUAUGUAGUAUGUCAGGAAUGAAGAAGAAAUUUGCCUUGUUUACAGCUCACGAAAUUCUCUCGGAACAUUUUUAUCUCAAAUACCUUAUCAAGCCAAAGUUUAUAAGAUGCCUUCCUUGAACAGUUUAUGCGCAUGCUCUUCUUCUGUUCUUUUAGUUACACACCAGUGGGGAGGAGGAGGCGAGAGAGGUGGGCUAAGAUCGAGAAACGUGUAAAGCCGUCACCUUACGUGGUCAGCAGUAAAUUGCAUUAUAUUUCCCAAAGGAGCAGUUUUUGCCCAUGUCUUUACUCAGAAUUUUGUAAAAUUGAUUUAGAAAAUACCACAGUUUACAAUAUUUCAAAAUACAUAAAAAUUGUCUUGCGAAACCAAUGACUAUUUUUCACAUUUUUUAAAAAAAAUACGGUUGACAUAAAAUCGUCUGUGUCGUCGUUUUCAGAAUUAGAUAGUAACCGACAGACAUUGAUUUCUCCCAGAAAUUUUCCUUAUAGUUUGAAAGACUGUUCACCUUAGUAUUUUCUCACUCCAACUUACAAAAUUCUCAUCUAAGGCACAUGAUGAAAAUAACCGCUCCUUUUUUAACUACAGAGCAAGGACAAAAACAGAGAACCCCUCGCUUUCCAAAUCACAUUGCUUUGACUCUUAUGAAAUCACAGAUUUUAAGGUAAUACAAGCUUUUCGAUAAACUCGAUCGUUUUUGUUGUUGUUGUUGUUUUUUUUUGUUUGUUUGUCUGUUUGUUUUGAUUUCUGCUUUGUUUCUUCUUCUCCUUUUUCUUCUACCGCGGUAAUAAGUUAAUAAGUUUUAAUCUUGGUUUGGACUCGUGAAGUAAAACGGUUCCCAUCAUUCUUCUAAGAAAAGGUGAGAUCUUUCGAGGAAAAAUCUAAAUGUCGUUCUUAUACUUACUUAACUGUAAAUUUGUGCAAAAUAGGAGUGAAUUGGAUUUCUUGAGCUUUGCCGCGAAACACUGACUUGAAUGCACUACCUGACAAUUUGCGUAGUUUGGCUGCGGGGUUUGUGGGGUUGUUUGCGGGGCUCGCGACUUAAACUUUUAGCCAGAGUUUUUGGAUUUUUAUGACUUUUAUUAUUCACUCAUAAUUUUAGUUGAAAGGAGUUUUUUAUUUUUACAUCAUAGCUAAUUUAUAACCUUAGUUAGUAAUUCAAAUUUUUCCUUUUUUACUGUAUUUUAUUAUUAUUAUUAUUAUUAUUAUUAUUAUUAUUAUUAUUAUUAUUAUUAUUAUUAUUAUUAUUAUUUGCCUUUUAUUUGCCUUAAUUCCACCCGUAUGACAUGUAAAAUAUCCGUAUUCCUAAGCGUAUUUACCUGGUGAAAUAAAGUGUCCUUAAAUAAUGCCUCUGUCCUAAUUCAGUACACUGGCAACUGCUGGCUCUUGCCUGAACUGCUAACAACUAUAUAAACUAGUGACUACUGACUACCUUUUACAAAAUGUCGAUUCAAGGGUAAAUGAAAUAAAAUUUAAAAAAAUAAGGGUUAAUUAAAAAAAAAACCUUAACCACUAAAAAGUACAGAUUUAACAACAGGGGAAAGGUCCAAAGUUCUUUAAGUUGGUGCGAUCAUCUGGAGACAAUUGUAAUGAAAAGUGAAAGGUCUAGAAGUCUAGAAAGAUUCCUGAUUCUUUCAGUACAUUUAAUAGCGUCUUUGUACAAUAUUUAUAACUAGUUAAACGAGUGAAUAUGCCAAGCCGGUUAAAGAAUGAAGAAAGUUUUUGUCUUUUUCCAACAGUAUUUAAUAUCAAGAAUAUUUUCAUUGUGGGAAAUUUCCAACUCAACCGGCAGCACGUAACACUUUUGACAAAGCACAGUUUACGCAGCUUUUUGCACCUUAAUCAACGUUUGUACAGGUCCACCACGCUUUAUUGCUCAAUAUUCAAAGUUUUGUAAUUUUUUAAUUGUUCAAACCUUUGUUAAUUACAAAAUCGUACCAACAAUACCUUUCUUCAGGAGAAAAGGGUAAGCUGGGCUGUUACAGCUCAUUUAAAUUUCAGUUACUAUUGGGGCACUACAUUAAUAUCUUUUCAUUGUUAAAAGUGACACAAGGAGGCGACUAGUUCCCCGUAACGAACAAUGUACGAUCACUUGGCUGACCAUUUUUUUCCUGGCGUAGUUGUAAAAGUACAUGUAUAAUAUGUGCACUUUGUUUGAUAUGAUGAUUUUAAAAACUUCUGAUAUCGAAAACGAGAAUCGAGAGGUAGCGUUGGCUCUCUCCAUGAUAAUGUUCCAGUUGGUAAGCAUCCGUAGCAAAAAAGCUUGUUUAUCUUCAUAACUUUUGGUUUUAAUUCCUCACAUUGAAAUUUAAUAUGGAUUCCUAGUUUAGACUAUAAUAUUUUCAUACAGUAAACAUUUUGGGAAAAUAGCAAUUUUAUUUUAUCUUAUAUUAUUAUUAUCCAAAUUAUUUUAUUACUUAUAACAUCGAUAGAGUACCGUUAUUGUAAUUAAAAAUAAUUAAACUUUAUACACAAGUUAAAUUUAUGCUUUAAAUGGUUUCGUUUAUAGGAUAAGAAUACUAUGUUUCUCUUUGCCCUUAUUGCGGUUUGGAUAAUCUCUGUAGCUUCAGAGGAAAUUCGCUCAGGUAGGUAUGAACUGAUGCGCUUCAGUGUUACAAAUGAGUACAGAAGAAUAGGUUUAGGUUUCUAUAAGACAAUUAACAAAAACCUCGAAUUAACAACAGUUAAAGAUGACUGAUCGAGGGAGAGCCUCUAAUAAAAGAUAUUUAAGGACGGCUUUUUUAUCUGCUAAAUGAAGAUGAACUCUUGCUAGUUAUGGUAAAGUGGGGAACAUUAUCGCAAGAAAAAUACAAAUUACUGUUUAUUAAAGUGGCCAAGGUAUUGAGAAAGGAAGAGGGACGAAGGUAUUACACCAUAAAAAAAAUCAGUUAUUAAAAAAAGAGCUUGCAUUCACUUCAGGAGUGUUAUUAUUUUAUGUUUACACGUCGCGAGUCAUGGAACAUUACUUGUAUCAAGAAACUAGUAACUGACGAAUAAAAGUUUAUUUUAGGUGAAUAUCUUACGCUGCAAAAGAAAACCUUCUAUGAAGUACCUGGGACAAGAGUAGCUUUGCACGGUAUGUGGCAAUGGUUAUGUUGGACCGAAAAAGUAACUUAGUAAGGCCCAGUUUAAAUGAGGUUAUACGCGUUACUCGGCUACCUGAGCUACCCUGGGAAAAACAACUUUUCCAACAUUUUCUUACAAAACUUGGCAAACCAUUUAUGUGAGUAACAAAAAGUGGGAUCGACUAAAACGGUAAUCACAAAGCCGGGUCACCCUUUUAUCAGGUAAGAUGGCCCUCCAGGCCGGGUCAACUUUUUUCCCGUAAAAAAACUUUGGCUCGCUCAGCCGGGUGAACUCGGUCAAGGCGAAACAAUCAGAGCCUGCACUAGGGCUGGUGUCAGCUCUUGGGCCUGAAGAAGAAAAAAAUAAAAACAUCUAACCAACAAUACUUUUCCCUUGUAGGUUAUUUUAAAUUCUGCAACCCCAAAACCUGUGCUUCCUGUUUUCGGGUGAUGUACGUGAAAAUCGGUGAUCAUAUCAUCUGUUUGGGUAGAAGAUAUCUACGCUACAUUAAGAACUGUAAAGAGUACAGUUUCACUGCUGAUGCCAUCGUUCCCAAGAAUGACGGAAAAUAUAAAAUCAUGGUAAGUUAUCAGGCACUAUAGCAGGAGGUUUCCCAAAAGGGCUCAUCCAUCCCGUCAUCCCGACCCAACUUUUCGCUCAAUCCCGUAAUCCCAUUUGUAAUAACCGCAUCCCGCUUCCCGUGGAUACUUUCAAUCACGAAUCCCGCCACCAUUUUGCUUUAAAAUCCUGAAUCCCUGCCUUCAAAAAAGGUAAAUCCCCAUACCCCAAAAAACAUAUAAUUUCAUUCACACAUUGUUUUAUUUACCUAUUUUGAAAUAUAUGUACUCACUGUCUUGUUAAUUCAAUAUUCUUAUGUCCGUAUAUCUGUUUUCUUUAUUGUUAUGUUUCAACCCUCUUAUUGUAUUUUUUUCUCUUCGUUCUGGCUUUGAUUAGUUAGGCUAUUUUGCGGGCAAGGAUCAAUGGUUAUAGGUAUCCUAAGUGUUUAAUAAACUUGAACUUUUCCUAACCAAAAUAUAGCACACACAGCAACAAAAACUGCUGAAAAAAAUCUUUAGAAAAAUCAACACCUUUGCUUGAGUGUAGUUUCUUGAAGGAAAUAAUCCAGUCAACUUGUAAACAAUAAAUAAAAAGAGAAUAAAAAUGUCUUAGUUCUGACUUAUAUUGAUCGAAGUCUCUAAAUAUUCUAACUUGAUUGAAGUGUUAUAAAACCCUGAAAUAUUGGCAACCUGUGUUAUGAUUCUCUAGUCUUCGUAAGUUUUUUUUUGCCUGCAGUUUACGGGGUGGGGUUUUAAUAACGCAUUGGGCUUUUGCAGUCAGCAGUUAAUUAUUUCACCUCAUUACAGUCAUUGGUAAAAGAAGAAUUCCUAAAUUAAUAAUGCAAUUUGUUUCAGUUAGACUACGAGUAGUCCCCCAUUUUUCCUCAGGGAUAGUAGAGACAGCGAAACGAGAAGGGCGUGUGAAAAUCACCCCACGCGAGAAAAGGCGACACGCCGCGAGAGGUGAUUUUCACGCGCGCUCGCGUUUCGCACACCCUACUAUCCCAAACGAAAAAUGGGGGACUACUCGUAGUCUAGCUUCAGUGGCCAGCUUUAAACUUGGUGUCAAUUAAAUAAGGGGAAGAUAGAAGGCUAAUUUAUGAUUUAUUAGCCAUGAGACACUUCAAAAAGUUAACAUGCUUUUUUGUAAUAUAUUACUGCUGGAAAAAAUUCUUUUCCCCUUGUGUCUAUAAAAAAUAUAGCCGUGUUUUUAACGUCAAAAAGUAAAUUUAGAAUCUGAUACGAAAAUUUUUUCCUCCUAACUUAAUUUUUGGAUUAACUGUUACUUUUAAAUGUGUUUCCUUUUAAGUGGUACAGUCCAUUUCAAUAUGGGUGCGGCACCAUACCAAAAGGCGAAAGGGGAGUUAAAGUCGGAACAAUACACGUCGGAAGUAGGUGACAUUAACUAACAUUCACAUUUUCCCUUCCUCUGAUAAAAAUAAAAAAUUUUUUCAGUCGAAAGUAAUUGUUUUUCUAAUUGAAAUGAAAUGUUUUUCGAAUAAUCUUUUAAUCGAAACUAAGCGAUUUUUUUAAUCGAAAGGAAUUGUAAAUAGUGCUUUGGAUGAAUAGUAUUUUUAAAGCAAAAUUAAUUGUAAAUAGGAUUUUAUAGUUAGCUUUGUUAUUACUGUUGUAAUUAUUUUUAUUUUUAUUAUUAUUAUUAUUAUUACUAUCAUUACUAUUAUUAUUAUUAUUAUAUAGGGUCAAAUGGUGACGUCAACAAUCACAUUGCUGAACACUAUUUACAGACGAAACAUCAAAUUGACUUGAACUGGAACAUGUGUUGCGUGUUCUACAGACUGCUAUCGACGACUCACUUUAGAAAGCUGGUUUACUAACUAAGAACAAACGCCACUGAAUCGUAGUCAAAAGUUAGCGGCACCGGACAAACGACUUACUAUUGCCGGACUCAAGAAAAACUAAUUACGAGAGAAUGACUGGAAAACUGAAAAUUUGACUAACAAUAAAGGACUGUUUAACUGUGACAACUAAAGCGGUGGAUCGAAACGCACCAAUGACAUUACGAGCCCUCAUAGCCAAUAACAUCAACGCUUAACACAACGACAAAUAACACCACGACUUAAUAAUUGAUCAAUCAGGUCAAUAACCAGAGUUCAAUAUGUGAAUCAUUAACUGACGUCACAACUCACUUUGAAGUAUUCUUAGCGGGAUACGUUGGUGAGUUAUCAGGUUCCAGAUUGAAGUGUACCUUUAAGACAAGACCUACUUUUUUUUUUUUUUUUAAUUUACUUAUUAUCUUUAUAUGCUGAUUUGAGCUCGGAGAUUCUUGGCUAGCUAUUACGAGCUAUUCUACCUUCGAGUUCAAAUAAACGUUUACGUAUGUAUGGGUUUGUACUUGUUACCACCCAAAACUAUCAAUAUUUAACUUUAUGUUUGUAUUAACUCCUUACCUGAUUACUCAAUAAUUCAGAUCCUUUGUUCUGGAUUGUGGGGAAGAACAGUUUCACUGCGGCUCCAGGAGAUAUAAUUUGGGUGAACGGUAGGUCAAAUAUACCCAUAAGGAAAUAUUAAAUGACACUUGACAGGAUUUCAAAAAAAAUAUAUAAAGUAAUUUACAGAUUUAAUGUAUCAACCCGGAUCUUUGAAGCCCGUCAGAGGCCUUAUUCUAUAUUUUUGCACUUUGUGGAAUUAACGGUGUACAAAGUCCAAUAUUCCUAUCAUUUUGAUCUUGCCCGGUCAAUAAAAAUUUCGCCUUAAUUUGUUCCAUCACAAUUUUUGAACAACAAAUUUAAUAUAUAAACCUGGAUCUCUGAAGCUCGUUAGACUCCUUAUUAUAUUUUUUUGCAUUUUGGGGGGGUGGAACUAAAAGUGUACCAAGUCCAAUAUCUCGCUCAUAGUGAUCUUACUGACCAAUAAAAAAGUCGCUUUAAUUUAUUCUGUCACAAAUUUUUGAACAAAAACGAAAAGGGUUGUGCACCGUCAAAGAAGCUUUAGCUUAUAACAAAAACUAAAACACUGACGUGUUUAUAUCACUGAUGUUUGUUGUCUUUCAUAGCCAGUGCUGCAUGUGUAUAAUCCCUUUUUUGUCAUUGCUCAGGAUGUUACAGAUACUGCAAGACCGAGAAACUCUUUUGUCCAAACUAUGUACGACAAGUAUACUUUAACGCUGGUGCUGGCUCAAGCGAGUGUGCUGCUAGCUAUAUUGCAGACCAGGACUUUGUUUGUGAGGGAAAAUGUGUAAAGAGAUCGGUGAAGGUCCCAGAAAAGCCUGGGAACUAUAGUAUCAGGGUAAGUUCAUAAUAAUGGGUACACAUAAAUACUUGCCGUUAAAACAGUUAAGCUCAAGCACCUUACAGCUUAUUUGAUAACAAAAGUCUUAUUGAAAUUACUAUAACAAACAAACUUAAUUGGAUUGCAAUGGUCAGGGGCGUAGCAGGCCCAUACACCUGUAGGUCCCGGCCUACAAAUUUUGGGUUUGAUCACUCUACCGCUUGUAUUAAAUUAUGCAUUGUUGGGCUGAGCUAAAUAGUUUAAGAGCUCAAAGUGCUGGCGAGGUCAGUGUGUAUUAGCCAUGCGUGCAAUUUUUAGGAGUCAAGUCAACCGGGCCUACAAAUAGUCGAAAAGCUGGCUACGCCCCUGAUGAUGGAAAAAGUUCUGGACAGAAGUUGA